GCGCGCGCAUGACGUUCAGAUCGCAUUUCCUCAUCCCACAAAAUGAGGAAGUGACUUUUCGAGGAAAAAUCAAAUCCUGAUCCCAGCAUGAGUCGGAUCUACUCCAACCCCGCACUCCAGAAUAAACCGGUCCACAGCGAAAAGCUGGGCUCUGCCUGGGAUCCGGCGCUCUAUCAGAGAGGCGCUGGGGUGAUUCUGGAGGGGACUUUUGUGGAUGUGUCUCGUCACGUGAUCACAGACAUCAACAAUGAAAAGGAGCGCUAUUAUGUUUUGUACAUCAAGCCCAGUCGAAUCCACUGCAGGAAGUAUGAUGCCAAGGGAAAUGAGAUAGAGCCCAAUUUCAGUGAAACCAAGAAGGUCAACACGGGUUUUCUGAUGUCAUCUUACAAAUUGGAGGCCAAAGGCGAGUCAGAUCGUCUUACUGAAGACCAGCUGAAGGACAUAAUAAACAAGAAGGAGCUUGUAAGGAUGACAGAGAAGCACUGCCCCAAACAAGCCUUCGCCUUCUGGAUAUUGGAGGCUGAGAUGGAGAAGGUAGAGCUGGAGUCAGGCCAAGACGUCCGUCUAAAGACCAGAGGAGACAGUCCUUUUAUCUACUCCUUUGCCAAGUUGGACGCCGGUUCAGUGACAAAGUGCAAUUUUGCAGGAGAUGAGCAGACUGGAGCAUCAUGGACAGACAAGAUAAUGGCCAAUAAGGCAGAUACACAGAGUUUAGCGAAGCCGGCUGCGCAGGGCGAGGGAGCCGAGGAUGAAGAAUGGGAUGACUGAUCAGCACACAGAAGACAUGAAGGGUGGAAAACUAUUUCUUGACUUUGCUUAUGAACAUGCACACUGAGCAUGAAUGAGGAAUUACAUGAACUUUUGAUAUGUUCAGUAAUAAAACACGUUUUUAUUCCUAA